GGAGGGGCUUUCUCGCAGGCACGCACACCCCGGCCCCCACACAUGAUGUGACAGGGUUCGGGAGACCUAUCGGAAACCUUCAGGUCACCCAGGGAACUGCUCCUCUCGCUCGUCCUGCGGCGGCGGCGGCGGGGGAGGGGGGUGGUGAGAGCGCCGAGACGCGCGGGGCGCGGAGAUGUGCAAGUGGCGAAGCUUGAGCUUGACCGCGCGCAGGCGGGAGCAGCUGCCCAACUCCCGGAGCGGGAUCUGCUGAGAAGCCACGAGUUUAGGUGAUGGGCAAAUCAGAAAGUCAGAUGGAUAUAACUGAUAUCAACACCCCAAGGCCAAAGAAACAACGAUGGACCCCACUGGAGGUCAGUCUGUCCGUCCUCGUCCUGCUCCUUACCAUCAUCGCUGUGACAAUGAUCGCACUCUAUGCAACUUACGAUGAUGGUAUUUGCAAGUCAUCAGACUGCAUAAAAUCAGCCGCUCGACUGAUCCAGAACAUGGAUGCCACUGCUGAGCCUUGUACAGACUUUUUUAAAUAUGCCUGUGGAGGCUGGUUGAAACGCAACGUCAUUCCUGAGACCAGCUCCCGUUACAGUAACUUUGACAUUUUAAGAGAUGAACUGGAAGUCGUUUUGAAAGAUGUUCUUCAGGAACCCAAAACUGAAGAUAUAGUAGCAGUGCAGAAAGCAAAAACACUAUACAGAUCUUGUAUAAAUGAAUCUGCUAUCGAUAGUAGAGGUGGAAAACCUCUGCUCAGUCUACUACCAGAAAUAUACGAUUGGCCAGUAGUAACAGAAAACUGGGAGCAAACCUAUGGUCCUUCUUGGACAGCUGAGAAAUCUAUUGCACGGCUGAAUUCUAAAUUUGGGAAAAAAGUCAUUCUUAAUUUUUUUGUUGGCACGGAUGAUAAAAACUCUGUGAACCAUAUAAUUCAUAUUGACCAGCCUCGACUUGGCCUCCCUUCCAGAGACUACUAUGAAUGCACUGGAAUAUAUGAAGAGGCUUGUAGAGCAUAUUUGGAUUUUAUGAUUUCUGUAGCCACAUUGAUUCGUAAGGAGAAAGGACUGCUCAUCAAUGAAAACCAACUUUCUUUGGAAAUGAAGAAAGUUAUGCAAUUGGAAAAAGAAAUUGCCAAUGCUACAACUAAAUCUGAAGAUCGAAAUGAUCCAAUGCUUCUUUAUAAUAAAAUGACAUUAGCCCAGCUCCAAAAUAACUUUUCACUAGAGAUCGAUCAGAAGCCAUUCAGCUGGUCAAAUUUCACAAAUGAAAUCAUGUCAACUGUGAAUAUUAAUAUUCCCAAUGAGGAAGAUGUGGUUGUUUAUGCUCCAGAAUAUUUAACCAAACUUAAGCUCAUUCUUCCCAAAUAUUCUGCCAGAGAUCUUCAAAAUUUAAUGUCCUGGCGAUUCAUAAUGGAUCUUGUAAGCAGCCUCAGCCGAACCUACAAGGAGUCCAGAAAUGCUUUCCGCAAGGCCCUUUAUGGCACAACAUCAGAAACAGCAACGUGGAGACGUUGUGCAAACUAUGUCAAUGGGAAUAUGGAAAAUGCUGUGGGAAGGCUGUACGUGGAAGCCGCAUUUGCUGGAGAGAGUAAACAUGUGGUUGAAGAUUUGAUUACACAGAUCCGGGAGGUUUUUAUUCAGACUUUAGAUGACCUCACUUGGAUGGAUGCUGAAACAAAAAAGAAAGCUGAGGAAAAGGCCUUAGCAAUUAAAGAACGAAUUGGCUAUCCUGAUGACAUUAUUUCAAAUGAGAACAAACUGAAUAAUGAAUACCUUGAGUUGAACUACAAGGAAGAUGAAUACUUUGAGAACAUAAUUCAAAACUUGAAGUUCGGUCAAAAUAAACAACUAAAGAAGCUCCGAGAAAAGGUGGACAAGGAUGAGUGGAUAAGCGGAGCAGCUGUAGUCAAUGCAUUUUAUUCUUCAGGCAGAAAUCAGAUAGUCUUCCCAGCUGGCAUUCUGCAGCCCCCCUUCUUCAGUGCUCAGCAGUCUAACUCGUUGAACUACGGGGGUAUUGGCAUGGUCAUCGGACACGAAAUCACCCAUGGCUUCGAUGACAAUGGCAGAAAUUUUAACAAGGAUGGAGACCUGGUUGACUGGUGGACUCAACAGUCUGCAAAUAAUUUUAAAGAGCAAUCCCAGUGCAUGGUGUACCAGUAUGGAAACUUCUCCUGGGACCUAGCCGGUGGACAGCAUCUCAAUGGAAUUAAUACACUGGGAGAAAACAUUGCUGAUAAUGGAGGUAUUGGCCAAGCAUACAGAGCCUAUCAAAAUUAUGUUAAAAAGAAUGGUGAAGAAAAACUACUUCCUGGACUUGACCUAAAUCACAAACAACUAUUCUUCUUGAACUUUGCCCAGGUGUGGUGUGGGACCUACAGGCCAGAGUAUGCUGUCAACUCCAUUAAAACAGAUGUUCACAGUCCAGGGAAUUUCAGGAUUAUUGGGACUUUGCAGAACUCCCCUGAGUUUUCAGAGGCCUAUAAUUGCCGCAAGAACUCAUACAUGAAUCCAGAAAAGAAAUGCCGAGUUUGGUGAUCUUCAGAAAAAGCGACAUGGCCUUUGGCUAGCCUUGCCAGCACCACGGAAAAUGGGGAACUCUGUCCAAGAGAAAAUGGGCCACCGAGGUCACUGUAAUUACAUGGGGGUAGUUAACAGAGAUGAGAGAGCAUCAUUUAGAAAUGAAGAUAGUUUAUUCUGGAAAAGGAAUGGAGAGAGGAGGUGGGGGGGGGGUCUGGUGUCUUAUCAAAUCAAUCACUUCUCACUGUGUAAAUAAUGUUUUAUGUCUAUAUAUAUUACCAUUCAUUUCUGUUUCUCAUAUGAUCUGCCAGUUUGAUGUCAUCUCUUGAAAACAGUGUUAACCACUUGGUGUAGCCUGGGCUUUCUAAUCAAAGGGAGAAAGAAGAGGUUGAAGACUACAGUGGGCUCCAAAAGCACAGCAGUGGCAUGAGAGUUAAAAAACACAUCACCUAAUUACUUCUUUUUAUUUUUAUUUGUAACAUUUAUGCUCCUGAAAAAAUCUUCCAAAGAAUUCUUAUACAUAUUGGGGGCUUGGGACUUAAUGUAAUUUUAAACCAGUUUUGCCAAUCAUCAGUUAUUCAUCCUGAGAUCAUUGUAUUUUAAGCUACUCUUAGGGCUAAAAUGAAUGUCUGAAACUGUUUUUCAUUAUACCUGUUUUCACUGAUAUUGAAAUUCUUAAGGCUCCCUGCAAUUUUCUAAGCAAUUUCAUGUUCUCUCUCUCUCUCAAAACUUGAUCUUUUUAAGAGAUUUGUAGUAAUGUAUAAAUAAUAAUUUUUAUAUUUAAUUAUUACAUUUAUGACUAAGUAAUUAUUAUUAUAGGUAAUCAUUGAAUAUCAAAGUUUUGGACAGUUAUGAACCAAGAUCUGUAAACUAAUGUACAGAUGAAGAUUUGAGAUUUUUAAACUUAUAAAUCAUAUUGAUAAAAAGCUUUACGCACAAACUAGGGGUGAAAAUGACCAUUGGACAGUUGUCUAAAGAUACAUAAGACCUGUGGUUUCCAAUCAGGAUGUUUGGAAUAAAAUCUGUCCCUGAGGUGGCUCCGAUAAAAGGGCAUCUAUAUAGCUCUGCGUCUCUUUAUCUUUUCAGGUUUGUCGUCUGAUGGAAAUAUUUUGAUAAUAAAUUGAAAUUGUGAGCUCAUUACUCACUCAGA